UCUAAGAUGCCAAGCGAAUCAAUUAAAGUUGCUAUUAGAUUCAGAGGUAACGAAGGAGAUCAAUCAAAAGCAAGCUGGGACUUUGAAUCCGAGAAUUCCAUUAAGGCUGAAAACGGAAAGACAAUGAGCUAUGAUAUAGUCCUUGAUCCUGAUUGUGAUCAGAAGUUGAUGUACGAACUCUGUGCAAGGGAUAUUAUUGCCCAGUUCACUUUAGGUUUCAAUGCUACUAUAUUUGCUUAUGGACAGAGUGGUUCAGGAAAGACAUUCUCAAUGCUUGGUCCUGAUGAUGUGGUGGAUGCGAUUAAGGAAGGGAGUGAUAAUGUUCCUGAAAAGGUACAGAAGUUAUACGGGAUUAUUCCAAGAGCAGUAUUCGAUAUCUUCACUUGGAUCAAUCUUGAGAUGUCCAAGGACCACCAGACUGAGUUUGAAAUUAAGGUGUUUUACUUUGAGAUUUAUAAUGAGAGUCUGAAUAAUUUGUUAACCAUGCCACCGCAGAAGAAGAUGAAGAUGAGAGAGAUGAAGAAUGGUAGUAUUGUUGUACUGAACUGUGAGCCGAAUUAUGCGACUAGUCCAGAAGAUAUUUUUGAGUUGUUGAAGAUUGGACAGAUGAAUAGAGCUGUAGCUGGUACGAAUCAGAAUGCAAGGAGUAGUAGAAGUCAUACCAUUUUUGUGCUGGAUAUUGAGCAGAAGAAUAGUGAUGGUUCAACCAAAAGUUCGAGACUCAAUUUGGUAGAUUUGGCAGGUAGUGAAAGGAUCGACAAAACAGGAGCUACAGGGCAGACAUUGAAAGAAGCACAGAAGAUUAAUCUUUCUCUGACAACUCUGGGUAUGUGUAUCAAGAGCCUUACUGAAGGUCAGAAGCAUGUGCCAUUCAGAGACUCUAAAUUAACAAUGUUUUUGAAACAAUCAUUGGGAGGAAAUUCCAAAACUCUUCUGAUUUGUACUGCUAGUGCUCUUGCAAGACAUUACGAAGAAUCAUAUCAAACCUGCAGAUUUGCUAAGCGUGCUAAGAAAGUGAAGAAUAAGGCUGUAUCCAAUGUCAUGAGAAGCAGAGAAGAGCUUGAGACUAUGAUUAAGAAGCUGAAGUCUGAAGUAACUGCUCUUAAAAAGCAGCUAACAGAUAAUGGAAUCAAGCCCAAUGCUAAAGCUUAUAAGACUUCAGCGGGAGAGGAGUCUAAAGGUGAAGAGGAAAAGAAAGAAGGAAGAGAGCCCUCAGAAAAGAGCGAAGAAGAUACUAUUAGCACUUCUGCUAGUACAGAGAUUGCUGCUGAACUUGAGAUGAAGCUUGAAGAACUUCAAACAGCUUAUGAUAACUAUAAAGACAACUCUCAGAAGAGAAUCCUUGAGCUUGAAGAUCUGAUUGAGAAAGCUGAAGAGGAAAAGAUAGAUCUGGAUAAUUACAGAGAAAAAGAUUUUGAAAUCGAAGCUCUUGUCAGUACAGUUGAUGAAAAAGAGGAAGAAAUCUCAAAACUCCAACAAGAGAAAGACAAAGAGAAAGUAUACUAUGAAGCAAAGAUUGCUGAGAUAAACUCUUCUCUUAAGACAACUAUUUCUGACUUCGAAGAUCUCAAGUCUGACUAUAAAGAACUUAAGGAACAGUUUGAUCUAAAAACAAAGGAGUACACACAAGAAAUUGAAGAAUUAAAAUCAGAAAAGAGCGUACUUGAGGAGAAGCACUCUAAGUUACUACAAAAGCUCUCAGAUUCAGAAGGAAAGAGCUCUGGCAAGAUUACAGAACUCGAGAUUCUGAACCAAGAAAUAGAGAGCAGAAGAACAACAUUGGAAAAUGAUAAGAAAGAAUUAGAGUCGAGGAUUGAGCUUAAGCAGAAAGAGAUUGAUAGUCUUAAUGACAAGGUUGGUAAAGCUACAGUGGAAAAGUCAGAGAUCAACACUAAGCUCGAAGCAGAACUAGAGAAUAGUAGAAACUUGAAGAAGGAAAGAGAUACUAUUGCUAAAGAUCUUGAGGAGCUCAAGAGUUCCUCCACCAAAAAGCAAACAGAGCUUCAAGGGGAUAUUACUAAACUAGAAAGUGAAAAAGAGAGCCUCCUUGCAAAGAUUUUAGAGGUUGAGAAAGAAAGAGAUACUUUAGACAACUGUGUGAAAGAAAACUCAGAUACUAAAGAAUUAUUGGAAGAGAAAGAUCAAAUGAUCAAAGCUCUUAAAGAUAGCAUUUCUGUUAAAGUGCAACAGGCAGAGGAAGUAAAGGAUGCAGAAAUAGAUACACUUAAGCAACAAAUCGAUGAGGCUGAUGGUGAGACAGAGAAAGUCAAGGCUUCUCUUGGAGAUCUACAAGAACAAAUGGAGCAAGAUCUCCAGAAGAAGGAUGCUCAAAUUAAAGAAACUGAGGCUAUUAAAGAUAGUAUCAAAGAAGAAUUAGACAAGAAGGAACAUGAGGUAUUUAAGCUCUCUGAAGAAAAUCAGUCUCUCAAUUCUAAGAUAGAAUCUGAACAGCAGACUACUAAAAGUAAGGAAGAGCUAAUCCAGAGUCUGAAGGAAAGACUAGAAGUCACUCAAGAUACUGUACAAGAUCUUGAGAAGAGAAAUAAAAAUCUAGAAGAAGCAAGCCAACAAGACUCUGAAGAUAUAAAUAAGGAGCUCACCAUUUUUAAAGCAGAUAAUGAGGUUUUAAAGGAGAAGAUAUCCAACCUUGAAAAAGAGAGAUCUAAAGAAACUGAGAGAAACACUACCAAACUAGAAACUGCUAGAGAAGAGCUCAAAGAGAAGUCAGAGCAGACUGCUAAGCUUGAAGCUGAGAAUGUGGAAAUCAAGAGGCAGAAUCAAGAGCUCACUGAGAAGGUAGAUGAACUGAAAAGAAAGAUCAAUGAUCUUAAAGUAAAAACAGAUAGAGAAGUCAGACUCUCAACUAUUGCAAUGAUGAAUCUUCAAAAAGCCAAGAAAGUCCCAAGAAAGAUAGUCGAAGGGGCAGAUGAGGAUGCUGAAGAAGUUGAUGAGGGCAUAAUCAGUGGUCCAUUCACUAGAAAAUCAACUAUCGUUAGAAAGAAGAUUAAAUUUAACGACCAAGUUAUUGAUCCUUCCAUUUUGAAUAAAGAGGACUGGCAACUAACUGCUGCUGAGAAGUAUCAGAAAUCUAUCGCUCAACACUAUAAGAAUCAGAAGAUACAGGAGAGUAGAAGAAAAGGAAUGAAUUAUAGAGAUGCGAACAUGGAAGAUUAUGGAAAUGACAUUAUUGAUGCAGACGAUUUUGAUAACAGCGAUGGUGACGAAGGAGUUUUCACUGGAUAA